AUGGGUCGAGACCCGCUCGGGCCAUCCGACCGCGACUUCGACCGCAUAGCUAGACACAUAACCCGCUUUGACCCCCGGCCCGGCAUGCCUACAAACACCCGAUCAUACCUCCGCGUCGUCGACUUCCACGCCGACCGCAUACCACACGCGUCUCAAGAUGACAAAAUAUACUUGAUUAGACUCACGUCCAACGGAGAGGUGAAUGACUUCAUCGAAAGGCAACCAAGGGCUAUAAAACAUGACUACAACGAGCUCUGCAAAGCCAUCCUAGCAGAAUACUCAGACUACGGCGCCUCCGGGACCCUCACGGCAGCCAUGGCAGUCAAACAAGCUCACAACGAGCUUGCGGAAUGCUACUACCACAGGUUGCGACAGGCCUUCUUCGGCAACCGAAACUACGAAGGGAUGGAGGAAGACACGAAUUUCAGGGCCCUGUACCUCCAAAACCUCCACCCCAACCUUAGCCAGCUACUGGGCGUGUACGCCUGCCCCCUUACACAGGACAUACGGCAACUGAAGACCCUGGUGGCACGAGCACAAGGCAAACAUCUGCUCAAGACACAGGCGAAGCCGCAAACCCAACCUACAGUGUACAGUGUGGAAAACCACAUGGAACUUGAGGGCGCACCAACGGCCCGAAAACACAAAUGGGGAACCAACCACGGACCCCAAAGGAAUAACCAGACACACGUGGACCCGAAGAACAAAUCCCAGACCGACAGGACAGACCACGCGCCACAACGGCCCCACCAAGACCGCACCGCUACAACCAUUAAUAAAGACAACCUUUCUAGGGAGGAACAAUCCCUCCUCCGCACGCUCCUGCGCAAAGCCAGAGAGAAGAAGACAGACAACGCCGACGUGUUCGCAGUGUCCGUGUCGGAUGACGCCGAGAAUGCUCCCCACCACAUGGACGACUGCCUCAGCGAACAGGAGCUAAAUGAUGACUACUCAAGCGCACAAACGGUGGACAUCUGCUACGACCAGAGGGAUGUCAUGGUAAUACAGGUGGAUACGACCAUACGUAAAAUGGCCCUAAUGCGACUGACCGUGGGCCCCAUGACACUGGUCCACCCGGUCUACAUCUCCCCAUUCAACACGCAUCCGCUCCUAUUGGGCCAGGACCUUCUAAAUCGAUUUAAGCCCCUAAUAGACUACCAACAUCUAAAGAUCUGGACACAGGUCCGGGAGCCCUUGCCCAUUCCGCGCCCGUUGGGCGAAAACCACCGCUACUCCGUAAACGCGCCGCCCGCGAACGGCCCACAACCCGCCGCAGCACAAACCGAUCAGGGGACGCCCACAACCUGCGCGAACGCCACGCGCACGGCCCCCGACCUCGACAGAACGAGCAAGAUGGGAACCCCUCACCAUCGAGUGCCUUAA